AUGGCCAUGGCAGCGACAAUUGAGAGGAGCUUGGGCUUUCCGAAUGGGGUCGAUAGGGGGCACGCUUCAAGCAAAGGUCGUGCUGAAAGACUUCUCAUCAAAAAGCAUUUUGGCGUCCCGAAGGUCUCGAGCGGCACUCCACCGACCAUGGAAGCCAGGGCAAGGGCACGCAGCUUCGAGAAGGAGAACGAAAAAAAAGACCGCCUGGCAGAAGCAAUCAGCAAGGGGAAGAAGGAUGUUCUCACCAACUUCAAGAGGGUGGUUGUCACUUAUACUAUCGGCUGGAUCUCUGCACUGGCGACUCCUGCAUGGUUUUGCGCCAACUACUUUCAGGAGGUCGUCUUCCCGCUAAAUGGAUCGUUCUUCAUUGUGUUACUUCUCGCGUCUCUCAGCAUGGUCCUAGAACUGCAGGCUACCUACAGGAAGCUAGACCAAAAGUAA